AUGUUAAGUAAAUUGAUUUUCGUAUUUUCUUUAGUACUGGUGGUUUAUGCAGACCAAAAAUUAUGGGAGGAAUAUAAGCAAAAAUAUAAUAAAGUUUACACACCUAAAGAGGAUGAUGAACAUUAUAUAAACUAUCUUAAAAAUGUUAGAGACAUAAAAAAACACAAUAAAAGAUAUGAUGCCGGAUUGGAAACCUAUACAAUGGGAAUAAACCAGUUUACAGAUAUGAGCUUGAAUGAUGAUUAUUUUAACCAAAAAUAUUUUGGAAAAUUGUGA